AUGAAUGUGAAGGGUCCAGGGUCUCUAUUCCUUCUGAAUAAAACAUUAUCCAGUCAAUUGCAUGUUACUUAUGUACGAUCCUUAUCAACAACAUUCAGAGCAUUAGAAGCUCAAGACUCCCAAGGCCACCGAAACACUGAGUCCAAGCAAGAGGAAAGCAAUCAGGUAUUAUCAAAUAACUCCUCGAACCAAGACAACAAGCGCCACGCGCCUCCACCCAAGGCCAAAACCGUAUCCCAAGCCGACGCCGAGCUUCGCGAGCGACUCGAACAAAUGUCUGGAGCAGGAGGAGCCUCUGGAAUUGAAUACGAAGACGGCAAACCGAAUGCAAUGAAGCGCGGCGUGCGAAACAACAUGUUCCGAUUGAUUUGA